AUGACUUCUAAUGACUUAGUAUUGGGGCUCCUUUUUCUGUUUCAGACUGGAUUUGGGGCCCUGGGGAAUUCCUUCCUGCUAGGCCUUUAUUCCAUCACUUUCUUCAUUGGUCCAAGGUUGAAGUUUAUAGACAUGAUUCUCUUCCACUUGGCUUUUGUGAAUGACUUGGUGAUUGUCUCCAAAGGGAUCCCUCAAACAAUGGCUGCUUUUGGGCUCAACAAUUUCCUGGAUGAUAUGGGAUGUAAAUUUGUGUUUUACCUUCACCGAGUGGCCCGAGGCCUUUCUCUUUGCACCACCUGCCUCCUGAGUAUCUUUCAAGCCAUCAUUUUAAAUACUAGAAGCUCCAGAUGGGCAGACCUCAAAGCUAGAGCCCUAAAGUACACAGUCUCAUUCUGUUUCUUGUGCUGGGUUUUUCAUCUGGUAGCAUAUUACCUUGCUCUUUUAAAUGUCAAUGGGCCAAAUAGAAGAAAAAACAUCACUGAAAGUAAUUAUUUCAUCUAUUGUUCAGCUACAAUUGAUGCUGUAUUUAAUGUUGCACUAUAUGUAUUCAUAAUAUCCCUACCUGAUGUUUUAUGUGUAGCAAUCAUGGUGGGGACCAGUGGAUAUAUGGUUUUUGUCUUGUACAGACACCACCAGAGAGUCAAGUAUAUUCAUGGCAAUAAUCUCACACCUACUUUCUCCCCUGAAACCAGAGCGACCCAAAGUAUACUACUGUUGGUCACUAUGUUCGUAUCAUUUUACUCAUUGAAUUCUAUUUUAACGUUGCAUAUACAGUUAGGGAAGCCAACUUCCUGGCUGGUUCAUAUCUCUGCAUUCUUAGCUUCCUGCUUUCCAACUUGUAGCCCCUUUGUUCUAAUUGUCAGUGAUUCUCAAGUCCCUAGGUAUUUCUUGGCUCUGUGGGGAAGGAUAAAGCUUAGAGUUUUAUAA